AUGGCCAAGCAAGCACUACAUACGAUAUACGAGAUAAAGAAGGUGGUAGACGGGCCAAAAAUUGUGGAAGAAAAGGGCAAGAAGAUCAGGCUAUACAAAGUCCGGUGGCAGUAAGUCUUUCCAAUAUUAGAAGGUUUCGAGAUUUAGACACAACCAAUGAUAAUGAUCUUGUAGAGACACGUAUGAGCCCGAAGACAACCUGCCAAAGCGGGAGAUCCAGCUGUAUCGAUCUAAAAUGAAGGUAUGGAUUGUUAGAAGAGGGGUUUUUAGCAAGAUUUUGUAAUAAAACCUAUAGCAAAACCUUUUCAGAGAAAUGUGACAGUCCUCGGGCCGGUCAGCACAAGAACGAGUACAAAUGGAACUCUGAAGAAUAUGAAUUUUGCCGUUGAAUAGUAAGCCCCUUAUCCAGUUAUUGAUAAAUCUUUUCUAGCGAUGAGCACGUAUACGUUUAUCCCUACAAGAAGCUGAAAACAGAUUACAAAGAUGAGUUAAUCGAGUAUUUUGAGAAAUGCUCACGGGCAGUAACAGGCGAUGACGCAGAGUCCACGUGUACGAGGAGUUCCUCCAGCUCCUGA